AUGACCCUCUUUUCUCCACAGCGCCAACACCUUCGCUCCUUACAACUGACCGAAAAGUCCCCAACCACACCACAUGUCCAGUAUCUCAGAGACCAGUAUAGGCCGAAGAAUAGAGUCCUUUCUGGUCUUACUCGGUCCCGACUGGACAAAACAAAUGCAACCUUCUCCCCUCUUUCAGACAGCCGUAAUCUGAUAAAAUUACAUCAGUUUGUCAAUAUGGAUUGUCAACAAGUCAGUCAAGUUGUUAAUGAAGAUGGUUCUAUUAGUCAAGUGAUGGGGUCCACAGAAACAGUGACCAUAAGCUUAGAGGAUGCAGCACAGAUAAUAUUACAAGAACAAGUGAUGGAUGGCACAUUACAGAUUCCACCUGGUACUUAUCAUAUUCUCACUCAAGAUUCAGUGCCAGUAGCAGAGAAUCGGCUGAUUGUGACUGGUGAAGAUGGUAUGCCUGUUAUCAUGCAGUCUGAUGACAGAUUAGGGAAUUUCACUGUGCAAACAGCAGAACCUACGAAUAUCCCAGUGGUUAAUACUGUCGUCUCUGAAGGAUCUUCAAUGGAUCUGUUACGAGUGGAUCAACCUGAGGAAAUGCAUGUACAGAAGAAUGCUCCUAAUACUACAACUGAAACUCACAUGGAGUUACCAACAGACCUAGUAGAACCAGUUUCUGCAGAAACACAGAUGGCUAAUUGUACCACCAGCCAAACCCAGACCUCAGUGGAAGAAAAUAUUACUGAAACAGAUACUCCUAGUGCUGCCAAGGGGGAAGUAGAAGCAACUGCAAUUUCUUUACCUUCCCGUAAACCAGAUUUGUCAUGUCCAAUUGCUGUCACCGAAAGUACUGAAGUUGUCAUCAAUGGCAAGAAAUGUGUAAUGAUGAUGAACCCAGAGACAGGGCAAAUGUGUGCUUAUCCCCUGCUACCUCCAGAAGGAAGACGAAAACGUGGCCGUCCUCGAAAACAGUUUAAGACUGAAGAACUUGGUGCAGAAACAGAUGCCACUGUUCAAGAAGUGGUUGCUACACGGCCUUUGAAUGUUGAAGUGACUCCUUCCAAAACAGACACUGUGACACAGGAAUGGUUAAAUGUACAGACUCCUACAUUGGUUUCAAAUGAGGCUGAGGUCAUGCCAAAUAAUAACAAAAACCUUAUAGCACAAACAGACCAAACUAAUGCUGCUGAAGGCUUACUUGAAUUAUCUGCUGUUGGUCCAGAUGGUGUACGCAGAAGUGGCAGAGUUCGACGGAGGGCUAAAGCUCUUGAAGACUAUGAAAUUCUUGAGAUUUCCAGUGAAGAUGAAGGUGCUGUAGCUCCAGAUGAUGAUGAAGUUACACCUAUGGGUUUAAAAAAAAGAAGAACUACUCCUAAAGAAAAUAAUACAUUGUCUCCUUAUUUGUUAGGGACAGGUGUGAAAAGAGGGCGUGGCCGACCUCGUCGAUAUCCACCAGCUGGUCAGAACAACCUCCCCACACAGAUCCCUGCAGUUAUUAUACCCACUUCCAAUGGACAAACUCUAAUGAUGGCACCAGUUCAAGGAAUACAGAAUCUUCAAGCAUUUCAACAACAAAUGAAGCAGUUACCUGCCUUGGUGCAAAAACCUUCAGAAAACAAUGGAGAAGAAGAAAAUAAUCAAUUGUUGACAGUUUCUGUUAAUUCUCAUACAAUAACAGGAUCUGAACCAAGCAGCAAUCCCAUCUCUACUACCAAUGCAACAACAGAAACUACGCAAGUUACAACAGAAGAUAAUACCCAAACCCAAGUGUCAGUGGCACCCACAGAAACAUCUGCAGUAGAAACACAAAAAGAACAUUCCAAAGAAGCAGAAAUUGUUACUGAUGGAAACAAAUCAAAUUCAGCCACAGAAAUCAAUUCCAAUUCAAACCAACCAACCAUCAUUCAGAUUCCAGAGAAUUUAUUACCAAUGUUUUUGCCAAAGAAAGACCCAAUCAAAAUUGGUCUUAAAGCUUCAGAGAGUGAUUUGGAACGUCUUCGAUGUAGCAAGUGUCAAUUUCAGUCUUACUAUCAACAACAAUUCCAAAAGCAUUUGUUGACCAAUCACACAGAAAGUGUAGAGAAAUGCAAAUGUUGUACUUAUUUAUCUUUGGAUAAAACAGAUUUAUUAAAUCAUUUUAAAGAAAAUCACCCCCGCUGUCUCUGCCAAGUGUGUGGGUUUACAUCUGAACAUGCUUAUGUCCUAAGACGUCACAUGAUGCGCCAUAGUGCUGAUGGCUGCACAUGUGAACUUUGUGGGAAAACAUACAAAGACCAGUAUAUCUUAAAAAUGCAUGUAAAAAUGGUACAUCUUCCUGCAGAAGUCUUGUAUGAAUGUACAGUUUGUGCAAAAAAGUUUACCAGAAAAGCUCAUCUCAAGAGGCAUCUCCGCAUCCAUGAUCCUGAAAAGCCAUACAAAUGUCCCAGCUGUGAUUACAGGGGUUGUGAGCGGUCAGAUAUCUCAAAACAUAUUCUUAUUCAUGAUGAACCAAAACAUAUUUGUGAAGUGUGUGGCAAAGCCUUCCGACAUAUAAAGAACAAAGAGUUACAUGUGAAAAGGCAUAAAGGUCAGCGGGAUUAUAAAUGUGGGGUUUGUGAUUUCUUUGGCUACACAUUCACAGAUAUUCGAAAACACAUCGAACGCAAACAUUCCGAUGUAAAAACUUUAGUAUGUGAUAAAUGUGGACAGACUUUCAGAAAUGAAACUUUAUUAAUUGAGCAUCAAAAGCAAAAGUGUGAUGUGACAAUGAUUGAACAAGCUUUAACUAUAGCAACAUCAUCAGGUACAAGUGAGGCUCGCAUUCAGAUUCCUUCUUCUCUACAAAUUGAUGGUCAACAGAUAACAAUCAGUGACCAGCAAAUUCCUGUUGAUGGUAGCCAAAUGAAUAUUACAGUGGAACAACUUAAUUUAACAGGAGAUCCAGUAGAUGGUAGCUUGUCAUUAGCAGCUGAACAGUUGACAGGAGGAGAAAUUGCAGUUGCUGCUCAAACAGAAGAUCUAGAGGAAGAGGAGGAAGAGGAGGAGGAAGAGGAAGAGGAAGAGGAAGUGCUGGAAGAAGAAGAGAAUCUUACGGGUACAGAAUCUACUCUGAAAACCACUACGACAACAGUAACCACCACACCACAUGUAGUUGAAAUGGUUGACACUGAAUUGCCAGUUGCUAGUCAACAAGAUGGAGAAGGAAAUCAACUUACAAUGGCUGUUCCACUGAAUGAACAAGUGAAAGAAGUAACUGUUUUGGCAGAAGAGAGCAUCCCAAUCACUGAUAGUUCAGAGACAGCCAUUUCAGAAGAUGGUGCCAACUUGAUAAUUAGUUGA